CCGUGCAGCCGGCUGAAAAUCGCGAGGCAGUCGUACGAUGUCGCGCAGACUGGUGCGGCGGAUUAUUCACCUCUCUCUCCCGGCUCCGCCCUUCCCUCCACGCAGGUGCGUCCCUCCCCGGCUCCCGCUGCUGACCUCACCGGCCCCACCUUCUGCUCUUCCCGCAGUCGUCGCCGGUGCCACAAGUUGUGCCAGUUGUCCGCCGGGCGGAGAGACCCGGAGAGCGGGCAUGUGAGGUGGACCGACCGCGACUCCGCCGCCGCAGCCAUGUCCCGGGACCCGGAGGCCGUGGCCAGGAUCACCGAGAGCACCUACAAGAAUGUUAUGGACCAAUUCAACCCCGGGCUUAGAAAUCUCGCUAAUCUGGGGAAAAACUACGAAAAGGCAGUUUCCGCAAUGGUCCAGGCAGGAAAAGCUUAUUAUGACGGAGUAGCCAAGAUGGGAGAAAUGACCAAGGCGUCUCCAGUCUCCAAGGAGCUAGGUCAGGUCCUUCUGGAAAUCUCCAGUGUACACAAGAAGCUGAAUGAAAACCUAGAAGAAAAUUUUCGGAAGUUCCACAGAGAAAUCAUUGCAGAGAUAGAAAGGAAGACUGAGCAAGAUGUAAAAUAUAUGAAUGCUACUCUGAAGAGAUACCAGAACGAACACAAAAAUAAAAUGGACUCUCUGGAGAAAUCUCAGGCAGAGCUAAAGAAGAUCAGGAGGAAAAGUCAAGGAGUUAGAAACGCUUCAAAAUACGAUCUGAAAGAAUCCGAGUAUUUGGAGACGAUCACUUCCCGUCAGAACGACAUCCAGAAGUUUAUAGCUGAAGGCUGCAGGGAAGCCUUGCUGGAGGAGAAGCGCCGUUACUGCUUCCUGGUCGACAAACAUUGUAGUUUUUCAAAUUACCUUAAUUAUUUCCACAUACAGUCUUCCGAUUUGCUCGCUUCCAAUAUCCCCAAGUGGCAGGAAACCUGCAGCGAUGUCUCGAACGUGUCGGACACCGUCAUUAACAAUAUGAAAGAACUAAAGACUCCUGGAUACACUCCGAUAUCUGGUACCCCCGAACCUUCCCCACUCAUGGACAAGAAAGCACUGAUGGCCAGAGAGUAUGACACAAUCUCUAGGAACACGCUGAGGAUGCCUCCGGCACCACAGAGUCGGGCGCAGACUAGUCCCCUGGUUGAUAUGUUCAGCAACCCGCCAGUCACUCCAAAGGUGACUUAUGACAGGCUGAAACCAUCACAAGCAGAGAGCCCAGACGAUGCCGUCCUGCCCCGAUCCAUGUCUGUUGCAACAGGAUUGAAUCUCAUGAAAAAGCCAAAAGUCAGAACCAUUUUCCCGCACACUGGAAAUGGAAAGACCCUGCUCAGCUUUCAGCAGGGAGACCUCAUAACUCUUCUUAUACCCGAGGAGAAGGAUGGCUGGCUGUAUGGGGAGCACGACACUACCAAACUCAAAGGGUGGUUCCCUUCAUCAUAUACCAGGCCGAUAGAAGAGAAUGGAGACGAAUCUGCACGAGUGCCAAGUGUGACUCCCAGCCCCGCUCCAGUGAGAAGUCUCAGCACAGCCAACUUACUCGACAAACGUGACAUGGUCCUUCCAGAACCCGAUUACUUAGAGUCCUCUUCAUUUAGGGACUCUCCUGUCCGGGAACAACCUACCUUCACCCCAUAUAUUGCCAAAGAACCUGCGUCUGCAGCAAGUAAUGGGUCACCAAAACCAACACCAAAUGGACUUGCGAAACAUCCAUUCCUAAGUGGAGAAAACCCAUUUGCUACCGUCAAGCUGCGCCCAACCGUAACAAACGACCGAUCGGCACCAAUUUUUCGAUGAGCGGAAUCCAUUAAUUUAAUGUUUUUUUCUGUUAUGUAAACAAUUUUUCCCCCCAUUUUGUUUCAAUUUUUGAAAUGAUUUUGACUCAGACCUCCAGGAAGAAGUUGAAUUCUGCAAAUAACGAUCGGAUAUUCAGAAGCGCCACAUGUGAUUAGUGACUCUUGGAAUGAUUGUCAAUGUCUUUGAGCAGGAAUAAGUUAUUGUGGUAAAAUAGGUUUAUGUACAGAAAACGCAUUUUUCUCCAAAUAUGUUCUUCAUCGUCCACACUUGUCAUGACCUCACACCUUAAGUAAUAAAGAGCUCAUACAGGGA